UCACUUGCUCAUUUUAUGGGUUGAAGUGUCAGAGGAGUAUCUGAUAGCGACUAUUAGCGAGUGGUAAUUCGUAAUUGAUUUUAUCAUGGGACUGCUUUCAAGACUAAAAAAAGCGGCUGGUUUGGAGUGUGUACGCGAUCCCGGUGUACAAACUAAAGACUCCCGCAACAGCUCAGAGAACCGUCACCCUGAUCACCCUGAUGCUGUUGACACUGAUGGAGGGAGAAAUGAGAAGAAGACCAAGAACUUCUGGAAGUGGCCCGCUCUUCACGUUCCUUGCUGCAGAGCUGGAACAUAUGACCUGGUCAAAACUGAGAAGAAAUGCGGGAUAGAGGCGGAAAUAAAUCGGAGAUAUAGCAAUGCUCCAGCUCUUGAAGUCCUCCCCGCUGUUGAGGAACAGCAGAAACAGGAUGUCCUGGACAAGGGCCAGAGUGUACACGAACCCUCUGUACUUUCCCCCAUCAUGGCAGAGAACCGUCAACCUAAUCCACCUGAUGAGGCUCCUGCUGGAGCUGCUGAGACUGAUGGAGAGAGAACGGAGAAGAAGAAGAAGAGCUUCUGGAAGUGGCCCACUCUUCACUUUCCUUGCUGCAGUGCUGGAACAUAUGACCUGGUCAAAAUUGAGAAGAAAUGCGGGAUAGAGGCGGAAAAAUAUCAGGGACAUAGCGAUGCUCCAGCUGAAGACCUACUCUCAAGGUCAGACAGCCAUCAUCCUAAUUCACCUGAUGAGGAGCCUGCUGGAGCUGCUGAGACUGAUGGAGAGAGAACGGAGGAAGUCCUCCUCACUGCUGAGGAACGGCUUGUGCAGGACAUCCUGGACAAGGGCCACUUUUGCAAGUAUACAGUCGGCUGCAAGUUGGGUGAAGGAGGAUGUGGUAGUGUUUAUGAAGGGACUCGCUGCAAGGAUGGACUUCAGGUGGCAGUGAAAUGUUCAAGCAAGACGCCAAACAUGCCAUCUAUCAAAGUGCCUGGUCAUCCCAAACGCCUUCCCAUUGAGAUUGGCCUGUUGCUCAUGGCCAAUAAGGGCCCCAGCGUUCCUCAGAUCAUUCAGCUGCUUGACUGGGAGGAUGACGCAGACCACUACGUGAUGGUCAUGGAGCGCCCCAUUCCUUGCGUGGACUUGUUUAGUUUUGUGGAGAACCAUGGAGGAAGCCUUGAUGAGGGGACGGCACGAAAUAUUAUGCGGCAGGUCACUGAUGCCGCUAAAACUUGCUGUAAGCGUGGCAUCUUCCAUCGUGAUUUCAAACUGGAGAACCUUCUGGUGAAUGAGGACACCAUGGAAGUCAAAUUAAUUGACUUCGGGUGCGGUGCGCUCAUGAAGAAAUCUGCCUUCAAAGUCUUCCAUGGCACAAGAGUGUACUGUCCUCCCGAGUUCUACAUGAAGGGCAGGUACCACGCAAAACCAACGACAGUGUGGACUCUAGGGUUCAUCCUGUAUGAAAUGCUGUGUGGAGAAGCUCCUACAUCCUACGACCGAAGCAUGAUCACUGUGAAGCUCUGGACCAGACCCGGCUUGUCAAAAGAAUGCUGCCAGAUGAUUUGCGAUUGUCUGCAGCCCAAGCCAGGGAAGAGACUCAGUCUGGACAAGAUGCAUCUCCAUGACUGGUUUAAGGUACAGAGUCUAAGAUUAGCUAAGCUUUUUCUUGGUUUAGUUUGAUCUUCGGUCAUCGUGAACUUUUAGUACAUUUUUUCCUAAAUGUAAUGAAUUUAGACAAAUAAUGCUGAUUUAUCUUUUUGUUUCAGGUCACGGAGUAAGACACAAAGAACCUCAGAA